AUGCAAGUAGAAGGACCUGACGCUAAUUUCGUAAGUGGUCUGGCUUUGGGAUCAAAGAAAAGAAGGUUAUCCAAGGCUUCUGUUCAAGAAGACGAUCAUGAAGAUGUGCUAAUGGAAAUGAAAAAGAAUAAGAAGAAAAAAAAGGCAAAGCCCAUGACAUGCACAUUGCAAAAGACUGCCGUUGAAAAAGGUAUCGGUGUAAAGGAUGUGAGGGACAUGACGCAAUACUUGUUACAGGCUGAAAACAACUCUCCCAAAUGGAUAGAUAUCUGUAACAGGUCAAGUUUACAAAAAAUGAUAGUUCUGUUCAUUCCAGGUUUACAACCAAAUGAUUUCGAGAACGGCAAGAACGCCUUUAAUGAAAUCAGCGAUGACAACUUCAAAUACGUCCCUGGGGAAAUUGCCUCCAAAUUCCAUACUUUUCCCGUGGUGGCACCAGGUUCCAAGAUGACGCUAUUUUCACCAUACAAUUCAUUCAUUAAUGUUGGAUUGUCCAAAGUGGAAAAAAUGAAUAGAUUGAAGGAGUUACAAAAGAAGAAAAAAAUUACUAUUAACGAUUUGGUUCUAUCCGAACAACAGUUAGUGGCAAACGAUUACCCACUGGAUUAUGAGGACGCCAAUGAUGCAGACUGGGUACAGACCACUGAGUUUACUCACGAUGGCUCGCACAUCUUCGCACUGGACUGUGAAAUGUGCCUUUCGGAACAGGGUUUGGUUCUGACUAGGAUUUCUCUAGUAAAUUUUGAUAACGAGGUCAUCUAUGAGGAGUUGGUAAAGCCAGAUGUCCCCAUAGUGGACUACUUGACACGCUACAGUGGUAUAACUGAAGAGAAAUUAGCCCUUGGUGCCAAGAAAACAUUGGCAGAAGUACAAAAAGAUCUACUGAAGUUAAUAAGUCGUUCUGAUAUUUUGAUCGGGCAUUCGUUACAAAAUGACUUAAAGGUCAUGAAGUUGAAACACCCAUUGAUCGUGGAUACAGCUAUUAUAUAUCACCAUAAAGCUGGUGAUCCCUUCAAGCCGAGUUUAAAAUACUUAAGCGAAGCCUUUUUAAAUAAAAGCAUCCAAAACGGUGAACAUGAUUCUGUUGAAGAUGCAAGGGCUUGUCUCGAAUUAACAAAACUUAAAAUCUUGAAUGGGUUAGCAUUUGGGAUAGGUAUCAAUACGGAGAAUUUGUUCACUAAAUUGCAUCGUUUUGAAGUGAAAACCAUGCUUCUCAAUGAUAUGAUUAUUAGAGACCAUACCGAGGACGAUUCUAAGGGCCAGUUAAUCCGUUGUGUUGAAGAUAAUGAGACAUGGACGCACAUUCACGAGAACCUAAAUAAAGAUGUUAAGCUUAUUGUGGGGAGAUUGAAGAACUUGGAGAGGUCACGUAAUUAUAAUAAAAAGCCACGGAAGGGGACUGAUUCGUUGGAUGCAUUCACGGUUCUUCAAAGUAUAGGACAAAAUCUAACGCAAUUAUACGAGAAUGCUACACCAGGUACCAUGAUUUUGGUCAUGUCAGGUACAGGCGAUACAAGACCAUGGAACAAUCUUUCCACCGAGUUAGAGUUUAUUCAAGAUAAGAAAGAAAGAUUGGAAAAAAGACGUGAAAGGGAAUGUGAAAUAGUAGAAGCCAUAAAGAUGGCUCGAGAUGGUGUAGCAUCCUUUAUUGUAAAAUAA